GGAAGGAAUGACUUUGUCUGGAGACUGCUGCCUCCCCAUCAUGAACACCGCUUCUCGUCCAGUCCAGUUCACGGUUUUAUUAACUACUAGUUGUCAUCGUACUUCCUGCUAAUGAAAUAAUACGGCGACGGUACUGACGGUCAGAAAAAAACUGAUUCAAUUAAUUGUUUAACAUCACUUCCGUUUUGAACUGGAAAAUAUCUCCCCUUGUUGGCAAGUGAUCCGUUGGUUCGUGGACCGUUUUCGUUUCGGGAGCCUUCGGUUAAUUGGGGGGAGAAUGGCCCACACGGAUAAGGUGCUCAGUUUUGGUGACUAUGUCGUCCGGGAGGCUGAUCUCGACAUUUUGAAAGGAUAUAGCUGGUUAAACGAUACAUUGAUAGGUUUCUAUUUUGAAUACUUAUCCAACUACUCCAAAUCCAGCAGCUCUAAAGGACAUAAUGAGGACACUAAUUUAGCUGGAGAUAAUCCAGAGUCGGCAAGAAAUGUGUGCUAUUUUGUGGGACCUGAAGUUACCCAGUUGGUCAAAUUGAUUUCCAGUGAAGAUGUCCCCGAGGUUCUGAAAGCAGUUUUGGAAGGAAUAGACGCUCACGAGUACACCGCAUUUGCCGUAAAUGACUCCAACAGUCCAUCAGCUCAUUCGGGUGGAACGCACUGGUCACUCUUAAUAUACUCCAAGGUUGACAGUCGUUUCGUCCACUUUGAUUCCAUGAAUCAGUGGAAUGAUAAAGAUGCCAAGAUCAUAGUCAACAAGCUAUCUCAGCACACAAAUAAUGCAGUCUUCGUCAAUAACUUGUCCUGCAAAGUACAGGCCAACAGUCAUGACUGCGGCUGUCACGUGCUACGAAAUGCGGAACUUAUCUUGCAACAUGUGACUUCGAAUAAUGGAGCUUCACUCCUGCCUUCAUCCUGUCCUUCUGCGACCCCACAAGAGGCUGCAGAAAUGAGACCUGAAUUGCUCUCUCUCAUCCAAAAAUUGGUGCAAAGUCAAAGUAAUUCUCCUUAAUAAGUUACAACUGGAAAUACUGGAAUAACUGAAAAUCAAGGUCUUCGUAUGAUAUAAUGCCGUCCUAUUCUCAAAGUGUUGGAGAAAUGAAAGCUCAUUUUUUGUACAUAAAUAAACAACACAAUUAAUUAAUAAAUAUUAUUAUGCAGGUA